GUGCCGUUCCCCCCCCCGUGUCCCAUGCCCGGAAGUGUCCGACCAGAAAAUGGGGCUGCCGCAGGACGGUUCCGAUGCGGCUUUUAGUUCCGGGGGCAUCUCUGUGCGCGGGAACCCCCGCGGCCGCCGCCUCGUCCUCCUCCUGGGUGCCGCAAUGAUCCCGAUCCCGGUGGUGGUGUGCGUGCUGGGGGGCUGGUCCGUCAUUUACCUGGCGGACACGCUGCUGAGGUCAUCUAGCUCUCUGAAAGCAUCUUAUGAAGAUUGGCUGAUGUCAUAUGGGCUGAGCAUCUCUCCUUUUCAUAUGCGAUGGCAAACUGCUCUCUUCAACCGUCUAUUCUACAGUUGGGGACGAUGGAAACCCAGAUUUCUUUAUCUAUGGUUCAGUAUAGGAAUGGUAUUCGGCAUAGUUGCCAUGUUUGGUUCUGUUGUUCUCCUUGGAAAGACACUGAUGCAGACACUGACGCUGAUGAUAACUGAGGCUCCUGCAGUCCAGAAUGAUCGUAUGUUGCAAGUCGUGGUGCCUGGUGUAAAUCUGCCCAUCAGCCAGCUGACUUAUUUCUUCACGGCAAUCCUCAUCAGUGGUGUCAUACAUGAAGUCGGCCACGGGGUGGCAGCUAUUCGAGAACAAGUACGGUUUAAUGGAUUUGGGAUUUUUAUCUUUAUUGUGUAUCCUGGAGCAUUUGUCGAUCUCUUUACCACCCACUUGCAACUUAUAUCUCCAGUCCAGCAGUUGAGAAUAUUUUGUGCAGGUGUCUGGCAUAAUUUUGUUCUUGGUGUUGCAAGUCUCAUAGUUCUGUUCCUGCUGCCAGCAAUUCUUUUCCCAUUUUACUACACGGGUGUUGGGGCACUUGUCACUGAGGUCACAGAGGAUUCUCCUGCCAAUGGACCCAGAGGUCUUUUUGUUGGGGACCUUGUAACUCAUCUGCAAGACUGCUCAGUUCGUGGUGUGGAAGACUGGAAUUCCUGCCUAGGAGAGAUCUCACAGAAGACACAAAUUGGGUACUGCAUAAAUGCAGCAACCCUACAGCAGUUAAGCUUCCCAGCCAGGGUCUACAGAAGACUGGAUGGCACUGUUGAAUGUUGUAGUAACAGCAGCCUCACCGAUGUUUGCUUUUCAUACAGCAAUAACUUGGACAGCCACCUGUAUACCUGUCUGCCAGCACGAAAAGCUAUUGAGGCUAGCCAAGUCUGUCGAACCAACAUGGAUUGCCAGAAGGAUUUUGUUCCAAGUUUGUGUGUGACACCUUCUUUAGAAAAUCAGACGAGACUAAUCAGAGUGAAACAUCCACCCCACGUUGAUAUGUUAUUUGUAGGACACCCAAUGCAUCUUCAGUAUACAGUGAGCCUCAGCAGUUUUGUACCACGACACAACUUUCUGAGCAUAGAUCUGCCUGUGGUGAUAGAGACCAUGUGCAAAUAUCUAAUUUCACUGUCAGGAGCCUUGGCAGUUAUCAAUGCAGUACCCUGCUUUGCACUGGAUGGUCAAUGGAUAUUAAACUCUUUCCUGGAAGCCACUCUUGCUUCACUGAUUGUAGAGAAACAAAACAGAGAGCUUGUUGGCUUUUUAAUCUUGCUUGCUGGCAGUGCACUUUUGGCUGCCAACGUGGCACUGGGACUUUGGAUGGUGACAGCCCGAUAGUACAUUGGAUACAUUUCUGCAUCUGAUUACUUCCAGGAAUUCUCCAAGUACACACACAGGAAUGAAAUCCAUUGCCUUGUAAAACUUGCUCUGUCUGAGAUAGGAAUAAAUUCCUUAAAAUUCCAUUGGAAGAAAGAUUGGUGAUUGGAGUUGUAUGUUCAUUUAACUCUGCAAAAUCUUGUGCAGAUAAUUAAUGGAAAAGUUGAAAGAAUAAGAACUGUUCUCUUUUAAUAUUGUUUUCAAAGCACUGUGAUCAUUUUGGAGAAAUUACACUGAAACAAUUUUACAAGGAAAAGACUCAGGCUUGGUGAAUUUAGAUUCCAAAAUGAAGGAAUAUAUGUGACAUUGAAAUCUUGUAUACUGCGGGGGGGAAAACCUACUUGAUCUGUGUUUUAUAAUUUGAAUAAAUAUGAGGUGCUCUGCAUUGGCUCUGCUCAACCAGUGCAGAUUUGCGUUGUUGGGUUUUUUUAAAUUAGGUGGUGUACCAAUUUGGAACCUGAAAAACUGAAGUCUGGGCUCACUUUUUAUAUUGGUGCAAGGCCAGGUAAAUUAUUGCCAUGUGUUCGUGAGGAACGAGUCAUCCUAUGCUUUAGUACCCUUCUCUUCCAGCUGGCUGUUAAGACUGGAAGCAUGUUGUCCUCCCAGAGUAGAUGAAAUGUCAAUUUCAAUGAUGCCAAUGUCAGUUGAUAAAUGGGUAUGUGGAAGAAUGACAAAACCUACCCACAUGUUGUCUGUGUUCCUUAAAAUAUUAAGUGUGUAAUAUUGUGCACCACUGAGAAUAUUUUUGAAGAUACUAUUUUGUGCAUCAGCAAUAUCUUGAAAAUAAUUUGAAGUUCUGGUCUCCCAAUAAGAAUCGUAAUUGCGGAAAUAAUACUAUGCAGAAUUAUUCAAAAGUGAGUGGUAAGGUUAAGUGUGUGUGUGUGUGUGUGUUUGUGAUUCAGAAAGUUAAAUGUUAUACUUGUUUCUGAAUGUACAUCCUCUGUAGCCAUGUAUGCAGUAGGAUUGAUAUACAGUACCUCAUUGGUGUUUGUCUCUUCCUAAAAGAGUUACUUUCCUUUAUCAGUAUUCAUUUUAAUCAAAGAUGUUUAGUUGAGCUUGGUCUUGGGUCAUAGCUGAGAGAAAAAAGAACAUGGUGAUCUCUAAAGUGAACUAUGUUGGCAUGUGGCUUUGUCUUCCAAAAUGUACAGGGGCCAAGUGAUAGAAGCCUCUGUAAUUUUAACUGAAGAUUGAGUCCUAUUCCCAGUGCUGCAUGCAUGCCCUGAUAACUGCGGUAUCCUGUAUUUGACCAUUGAUGUGUUACUCUGUUUUCUCACUAUAGCCACACAUUUAGGAGAAUACAAAUGGAUUGCUGUGAAAAAUGUUUUCUCCUUAGAUAAUGUGAGCAGUAAUGCACAGGUCGAAAGAACAUGUUCAUUUACUUGGUUUUUUGUUAGUUUGCUUGACAUGUCUUAGGUACAAAUAUUUUGAAUUUACCUCUUUCAUUUUUCUCUGGUCUGUCUUCUGACACAUGUUGUUUGGCACUGACCCUAACUCAGUAGAACUGAUCAAAUUUGUUAUUUAAUGGAACUAUCUUCAGUAGUUUAAAAUCAGAUGAUCACUUUGUAUGUAUUAGAGUUGCAGUACUCUUCUCACAUAUAAUCGUUAAUGCCAUUAUGGCAGUUUCAAAAAUAUUCUUUGGGUAAAGUUUUAAAUAUAAUAUUUUGUACAUUAAUAUUUGUCCUCACUGCAGAUAUUUGUGUGACAAUCUGUGCAGGCACAGUACUUGUCUGAGGGUGUGUAAAAAGGAGAGAGAGAAAAAAGGUGAUCUCCAGUAACCAGCUGCAAGUCUACUAUAACUGUUCUGCUAAUAUGCUUCUGAAUUGAGUCCCACUGCUCUGAAAUUAAUUGGUCACCUAAUGUGUCCCCUUUACAUUUAAUUUAAAAGAAAAUAAUUCAGUUAAUUUUGUUGUGGUUAGUGUUUCUGAAAGGAUCAAUUCUGCCACCCUUUGGGCUUGUGUGUACAGCGUGGCAAAGGGUGUGAUUUGUGAAGCGCUCUAACAUGUUGCAAUCUUAUUGUCCCAUGUAGACCCUAAUGGUGCUCUCCAAGGGGUAUCAAGCUCACAUUAACUUAGUCUUGUUGAGACCUUUUAGAGUGCGCCUGCAGGGUUUACGUGGGGCUGGGAGAGUGCAACCUGUUAGUGCGCUUUACAAAUCACAGCCCUCUGGAGUGCUUUGCUGUGGCAAGCAGACAAGUCCUAACUCACAUGAAGUAAUACGUUAUUCUGUAAAAAGGCCCAUUAAUUUCAGUGGGUCAGAUUGUGCCAUCACCUUUUAAAUCCCCAGUUCAACAAAGCACUUAAGUGCAUGCUCAAGCUCAUCUCUGUUUAGCAAAGGACUUAAACAGGUUCUUAACUUUGUACAUACUUAAUUUCACUGAAGUCUAAGUUUUGCUGAAUAGGAAUGGAUUUAAGUAUGAGUUUACGUGCUUUGAAGUAGGGCCUACAGCCAUUGAUACGGAGAUCAAUGGGGACCUUGCUUAAAAGCUAAGAUAGAGUGGGACUAUUUGUGCACUACAGUAGCACCCGGCUUGAACAAACCCCUAAACAAAUAGCUACUCAGACUGGUUCAGCCUCAUUGUCAUGUACUGCUCUCCCAGCAAGUAAAUUACUAUAAAGGAAAAGUGCUAUUUUGACCGUACAUGGUGCUCUCAUUAUUGGAUAUUUGUUUUUUGUGUUUUGUUUGUUUCCUGGGAAAGAAUGCAGUUCAAAGAAAAUGGACUGGGAUAACUGACUGUUGUGAGGGUUUUUUGUAAACUUUUAGGUAAUUUGUAUUGCACAAAGGAAUUUAACGUUGAUUCUUCCUUUAAUGUUUCACUGACAUAAAAAGUUAAAAUGAAAGUGAAAUCUUUGUGUGUUUUCUCUAUAUUUCAGUGGACUGAUUAGAAGGCAGUUGCUCCUCUAAAAUAGAUUGCAGCAAUAUAUUUACAGGAUAUAUUUGAACUGAGGAGUGUAAAAGAAAAAGAAGUUGGAUUUUGGCUGGGUACCACUAAUAACUUCUAUUUUUCUGUGUAGAAAUCUGUAUCAGAUGGAAGAAGUGCUGUCUAAUGGUCAGAAACAUUGUAGGUAGCUCUUAACUGAAAACCGGCAUAACUGUAUACUUGUAACUGAUCAUUACUGAAAUUCGGGUUUAGUGUAUUUUUGUUUUUUUUAAUAUGGAGUAUCACAUUUUUAUAUCAAUGAAUCACCUCUGUAGUAUAUUCUGAUAUCAUUCUUUGGUAUUUCGUGUAUGAAUGCUGGUAAUUUCUUAAUUGCAAAGUCUUAAAUGCUCUACAGCAAGUUAGAAAAUAAAACUGGUGCACUUUCUUUUGAGUUAACGGAGAUGGGUUUCUGUGGGAAAAUUUGUAUAUCAGCCUUGCAAAAAGAUCAUUAAAAUUUACCAGCUCAGGCACAAAAUCUACUUACCUUUUUAAAUAAUAAUGAAACAACUAAUUAUGUUUCACUCACUGUCAAAUAUAUUCACCCAAUCAAUAGUAUUUUGCAAUGCUGAUGUUUAUUCUGUGUUUGUGUGUACGUGGGCACAUGCACACACUCACUUGUUUACAGGUAACUUAAAUCUGUAAUCUCACAUGUGUAUGAAAUGACGGGCUUUCUUUGGAAUUCUAAAAUUAUAACUUGUUCUCCUUCCAUAAAUCACCCAUAGGGAUGUUUAUACACUAUAACAGCUGAAUGAACUGCAUAACAUGGCUGGAAACAAAAAUACAGAUUUAAAAUCAGUCUCAUUUAGGGAAAGUGUGGUCCAUUAAAAACUUUUUCUUCUUUUUGAGAGGGCUCAGAAAGAUUGUCUUUAGAACUUGCAGCUCUCCAAAUGAGGGUCCUCAUGUGUUGUUUUGAGCAGAGAGGGGAGCAUGGGAGAAUAUUACUGUACGUAACAGUGUUCUUGGCAGAGGGCUGUCACAUGGCAGCUAUAGUGUUUCAGUUUUGCUAUUUACAUUAAACAAAAAAUGUACCGGUACUCACACUCCAAACAUCUCAUCAGUUUUCUGAACACCUCACAGGACCCAGCUUGUGGACGGCAAAAAAUGUCCAUUAACAAAUAAAACAUUGUUUAAGCAAUUUUUACAGUUUCAUAUGAAAUUACAUGACAUGUUUGUCUUUUAUUCCUUGAGCCUAAAUUAUGCUCAGAUACAAAAUAAUGUCGCUUGUGAAAAUGAACCUACCCAACAUUUAGAUGUUUAUAAGUUGGUAUCUAAAUCAAAUACAGAAUAAAUAUGUGUAAAGCAUUAGUUUUAUUUACGUGAAUUCAAACUCAUUGCCUCAACCAAUCUUGCCUCAGCUUCAUUCUGCCCCUUGUGAGUAAUACAAUUGGAUUUAACUCAGGUAGAUCUAAUAUUGGCGGUUAUUUUACAUCCUGUGUCCUAUACUUCCCAUAUGAUGGUACAUAAACUCACAUUACUUAAACAAAAUCAUUUGGGCCACAUUGUGGCAUACACCAUAUACUAAUAAAGACUAGAAAAAAUAUGAGACUAAGACAAUAUGGGAACCAUUACUUCAGCCAGGAAUUGCCAGUGCACUGGCCACACCCAUAACAUUGAAUAGAGAAUGGGUGGCAUAGAGUUGGCUAUGCCCAGGUUUUCUCUUCGCUGCCUAGUUAGCGGGAGUUUUCUGGGCCUUUUACAAUGCUGGGACAACAGCCAGGAUCUGGAUGUACAGUUCCACCCAUGCCGUUUAUGCUGGAAUGGAAUUUAAAAUAGUUUUGUAACUAACACUUCAGAGAAUGCUCCUGUUUUCUGUCCUUUGUCAAAUCACACAGCAUUUGAGGCUUAGACACUUUUAAAACAUUAUGUUUCAGAGGGGUAGCCGUGUUAGUCUGGAUCUGUGAAAGCGGCAAAGAGUCCUGUGGCACCUUAUAGACUAACAGACAUAUUGGAGCAUAAGCUUUGGUGGGUGAAUACCCACUUCUUCAGAUGCGUAUUCACCCACCAAAGCUUCUGCUCCAAUACAUCUUGUUAGUCUAUAAGGGGCCACAGGACUCUUUGCCGCUUUUAAAAUGUUGUUUCUUUGAUAUAUUUUCAUAGAUAAAAUACGAAAAAAUGAUUUGGGAAGCCACAGUUUAUUUGGUUAUUUGGAUAUUGCCCAGUUCUAGAUGUUCACUAUUUUUUUUUUCCCUAGCAGUGUACUAUGACUAACUUUCACAAGUACUUGGAGAAAUUUUGGGCAGCAGUUUGGUGAUGGUAUAGAAGAGAUUUCCAAAUAAACACAUCAGAAAUCCAAUGUUUUCUUUACAAAGCUGUUUUAUUCACCUCUGAUUUUUAUAUGGCUUCUGUUUAAGGUUUCAAGGUGCACAAAAUGUCCUUACCUGAAACCCAUUUGUGGAAUUUGUACUGUUUUAUAAAUGUUCGUUUUCUCUUUACAUAUUCUAGGUUUUUUUAUACUGACUGACAGUAGUGGAAUGUCAGAUUUCUAUAUCAGUUGUUCCCACCAUUAUCAUGUUUAGGAAAAUGAUUCACUCUGAAGAUGUUCAAACCAAGCAGACUAGCAAAUGUAUGGGGUAUUUUUGUAUUUGAAUUGUGUAUUGUGUAUGUUUUUCCCCACUACUUCAUAAACCAAACAAUAAGUAUUGUUUUCUACUUGUGAUAAAUGAAUGUUAAUUGCAAAUAAAUGUAUUGUUUAUUGGUUAACACAUUUUCUAUUUGAAAGUAGACUGAAAGUGUGUAAUGCCUUAUUUGUUGCAAAUGUGUUAUGGGUAUAUGUUUUCUGAAGUUAGAAAAUUUUAAGUUUAUUAAAUGUUCAAACCAGA